AUGACUGACCUUAGCGAAGAAGAUGUGUUUUACCAAACGAUUUAUGCAGAAGCUCAAGGCGAAUGUGAAGAAGGACAAAAAUGGGUUGCUUGGGUGAUAAUGAACAGAGCUCAACUAGAUAAAGAUUAUUGGGGAGGAAAGUCGAUUAAAGAUGUGUGCUUAAAGGGCGGUCAGUUCGAGUGUUGGAAUGAUAAGACUCGCGGAACUGGUAUCAAAAUUAAGUAUCAAAAAGACUAUGACGCCAUCGUCAGUCGGACGCGACCCAUUUAUCUAAAAGUUGAAAAUCAGGAUCCAACUGGCGGAGCAGAUCAUUACAAUAAUCCCAAGAAAGAGAGCUAUCCACCUUGGACAAAGAACUGCACGGAAGUGAAAAAGAUUGGAAAUCAUCAGUUUUACAAAAGUAAAUCGUUAUAA